CUCACCUACAGGGCUGGGACCUUUCAUGAAUAUUGUGAUCGUGACAGUGUGAUCUAUAAUGGAAAGAAAACUUCUGAGGAGAGAGAUAGAAAAGCUUCUUGGAGACUAUGUUAGCACUACUCUUCGAGAGAAGGAAUUUGACCCAAAAGGAAGAAGGGAGUCCUCAUCUUUAGAUGAUCUGGCUCAUUAUGAUCUGGCCAUAGGUGUUGCAUUGAAUUGGCUUAGUAGUUCUAAAGGAAAUGAAUCACUUAAAAAAGAAAGACUUAAAUUGACAUUAAACCAACAUAAAUACCCAAAUCGGAUGGAAAGAGAAGCUAUGAUUUUAUCCUCCUUUGCAGGCAUGCUAAUGAACAGCUUCCCUGUUGAAGAGGUAUUUGAAAUAUAUAGAAAUAAACCUUCAACAACACGACUGCAGAACUCAGCCAAGGGACACUUGAUUCAGCCCUUCAACCUUUCACUACAUCCAUUUGCCAUGCUUACUGCUCCUCAGGCAGCAAAACAUGCUUUGCAACACUGUGCCAGACUGUGGAAUUCCUCGGACAGAAAUCAAACUACAUCAACACAAGACCAGGAAUUGGACUCGGUUGAGCAUGUAGUAAGCCACAAUUCACAGUUCCUAAACUAA